UCCUGUUAUAUGAAUCGGGGUCUCUAAGCUGCCCAUAGCGCAUGAGGGAAUACUCAUAGUUUUAUCUGUUCUUAAUUCUACUUAUACCAGAAAUGGAUAACAUAUAUGAAAACAUGGAGCUGAAUCUCACAACUGAUCAUUCACAACAUUCAGUUAAUUUAUCUGGAUCAGGAAAGCAGUUUACUCCUGCUAGAAAAAUCAGUGCCCAGCCAGACCACGAACCACAAAGCACUUCUGGCCGAGAGACUCUGUAUAAGAGGACAUCGGCAGUGUUCAUCUCUCUGUGGAUCAUCACACUGAUCAUUCUCAUCGCUGGACUGAGUGUCCUGUUAAUACAAAAAUCUGACCUGCAGAAUCAGCUGAAGGAUUUACAAAGGAUGACCUCAAACAAUAUAUCUGAAAUGCAGGCACAACUGGAAGACAAGGACAAGCAGCUAGAGUCUAAGAACAGGGAAAACUCAAAUCUGAUCCAACAGAGAUCUGACCUGCAGAAUGAGGUGAAGGAGCUACACACCAUUGCUGAAGAUGGCUUUGCUAAAUGGUCAUAUAAACAAGGGAUUGUCCGACAAGAAGUGUGGAAGUGGAUCCGUAAAGCAGCAGCUAAUGUCAUUCUGGACCCCAGAACAGCACAUCGUAAUCUUACUGUUUCUGAGGAUGGAAAACAAGUGAGAUUCAAUGACCACCUCCUACCUGACGGCCCACUGAGGUUCAGUAAUUGGUACGGGAUCCAGGGAAAAGAGAGUUUCUCUUCAGGGAGACAUUACUAUGAGGUUCAGGUUGGGGCAAAGACAUGUUAUGUAGUUGGUUUUGCAAAAGAGUCUGUCAAAAGGAAGGAGAAGUUUAAUAAAACCUCAGAGGAAGGCUUCUGGACCUUCAAACGGCAGACGGGGUAUGAGGUUUCUACAACCCCCCCGAGCUCCCUUUCUCUCAACGAGCCCCCUAACAAGGUGGGGAUUUAUGUUGACUAUGAUAGGGGGCAAAUAUCCUUCUACAAUGUGGGCACCAGGUCCCAUAUCUACUCUUUUACUGGUUACAACUUCAGUGAUAAACUCUAUCCAGCUUUUAAUCCCUGUAAAAGUUUGACAAUUCCACUGAUCAUCUCUCCUGUCAAACACACAGACUGAUCUGAAACAGCAAUUUCCAAACAGACAAAGAUUAGUGACAGUCUGAUUAUUAUAAUAAUAUUGGCCUUAUUUUUUUCGUUUGCAAUUAUUCUGUAUGUCUGCUGUUAAAAAAAGUCAUGCUUAUUUCCUUUGUGUUGCAUCUCAUCUCAUUUUAUAUUGAAAACUCAUACUUACACUAAGAGUUUGCGUGCAUUUACUUAUUAAUUUUAGCUUGUUAUAGAACACUUCCAACUCUUUGAUAAAUAAUAACUGUGCUCCAAGGACCACAGAAUAAACCAUGUUUUAACAUUAUUUUGUUAAUUUUUUAAAGACGAUUUAUAGUAGCGUCAAGCAUUCUGUUAGAAGUGUAGAUUUAAAAUUAAUCUUAGGCACACAGCUGUGUAGAGAAUUGUACAUCGUAUUUACAUUAAGACGCGACUUUAUCAUAUUAGCUGUACAACUUAAAGCUGUGGUUUUGGUUUGUGGUUGUGUGUGAUUCCCUUGAACGUGAAUAUAGAAGGAUAUUAGUGGGUGUAUCUCUUAGUGUAAGUAUGAGUCAUUAUACUAUUAGCUGUAUAAUGACCCGUACUCCAUUUCUAACUUGUAAUAUAGUAUGCAUACAGUAAUGUGUAUGUGACUGCAGCUCUAUGCAAGGCUGUUCUUUUGGCUAGAUUUAAUUUUCCAAUUGUAAAAUAACAGCCUUACAUCAACUUUGGGAGCAGGACCACUGGAGGCAGAGUAAUUUGGGCAUUGUCAAUAUUGUUGCUGAUUAUCUGAUAUAGGUGUGAUAGGACUCAAUCAGGUAUAACUUUAUGUAAGACUGUAUGUGAUUCUAAUCUGAACUCUAUAGUUCUAUAGCUAAUUAUGGGGCCAGCUCAGGGUUGUACUUGCAAGAUAUUUGGAUGCUUGUGUCCAGUCGGACUUUAUCUGCAAGUGAUGCUAGCUGGUGGACUCACUCAUGGUCAAGGUUCGUCAUCCGACAAACAGGGGGGAGAAUGAGGAACAGAGAGGUCGCGAGAUUGGGUGACUGCAAGUCCUAGAUGGAAGAAAGUGUGUACACAGUUCACAGAUGUGGCGUCACCUGAACUGACUGUGUAAAACCACUUUCAGAUGCUUUCAGCUUUAGAACCAGAGGAGACUGGGGAAGCAGGUAAGUCCUUGGGCACCGAGGAUCCCCCUGCACCUAGGAAGAGGGAUGUUGUGGUAGUGAGGGAUUCAAUUAUUAGAGGUGUCCUGAUAGAGGGUCCUGUAUGGUGUCUUGUCUGCUCAGUGCCCAGGUAGGGGACCUUCUGGAAUGUGUGCACAAGCUUUUGGCCCCAGCUGAGGUGGAUCCAGUGGUCAUGGUGCAUGUUGGCACCAACAACAUAGGCAAGGGCAGGAGGGCUGUUCUGCAAGAAAAAUGUAUCUUGUCGCAGAUAAGCUUAGAGGCAGAACAUCCACGAUGAUAUUCUCUCAAAAUACUUUCCAUGCCACACACAAGCCAGGCUACAUUAGCUGAGAUAAGAAGAUUAAAUACGUGGCUAAAACGGUGAUGUAGGAAAGAGGGGUUCAGGUUGAUGCGGCACUGGAUGACCUUCUGGAACCGGUGGGACCUGAUCAAGCCGGAUGUUGCAUCUGAACCAGAGGACAUCAAUGCCAUAAAAGAGGCAUGGAAAUGACGUUUUUUGUGACAUUUCGUGACGUUUUCAUCUGAGUUCUGACUCUGAGAGAAAUAAUCGAAUGCAGGAUUAUGCUGCAAUACAUGUAGCAGGUUUGAUUUGAUGGUGCGUCCGAAUUUUCAAUACCUACUUAAAAAUCAAAGUGGUGCACUUUUCACCUUAGUCUGUUCUAAAGCACUCUGGAUUUGCUGCUAUAAUAUUGAUUUUUGUGUGCUUCUAACCCAAAAAUUCUUUUAUAUGGGCAAUUGUGAAUAAAUAUUUAUUUUGGAGUUCA